AUGGCCCCCGCAGGCAUCAAAUAUGUUGACAAUGCAAAUGUGGCUGCGUUUACCGGCAUCAACUAUGGCGAAAAUAUGCAACAGGCGCAGGUGCUGGCAACACAGUCUCAGCGAUUGCCACCGCCAGCGCUGUCACCACUAAAUGCCAUGGAAGCGUCGUACUAUACGACGACACGUCAAUCCAAUCCGUUCGCCUCGCCCAUCACUGGAUUUAAUGUCAAUCAUAAAGAGUCACCCGUUACACACUACUACCCUGGUGAUGGUGCUUAUCGGCCGUCAAACUAUUAUGCUAACACGCACAACAACCGCAACUAUAACAACAACAACAACAACAAAUACUACAGUCCAACGUACAAAUACCGUUUGGCUGAUAAAAGUGAAAAGCCAAGUUACUAUGGUGUCAGCGACAGUAGCAGUAAUAGCAAGAACCAAAAGCCUUUUGGCUAUUCAGCUGGUGGCGAUUCAACCGAUAAGCAGCCAGUGAAAUUUGCCAAUCUUUGGCAACACCAACAGCAGCCACAAUACAAAAAGUGGCAAUCAUGGCAGGAUUAUGACAGCAACUGGCAACCAUAUCAGCAGCGGCCACAGCAGAAACAUGCGAAAUGGGGGCAGCAACAACAAAAAUGGGCAGCUCAUUCAAAAUUUGCAGGGACGGACAAUUGGUGGCAGCGCAACAAGCAACAUGUUACGAACAGUUGGAGUGCAAAGCCAGCUAAUUGGCGAGAUGAAAAUGUGCGCAUUCCUGAGGUGCCGGCGCAAACACGCGAACCAGUUGUGGCAUAUGCACCACCAAGUGAGGGACUUCGACGCACUGAUACCACAAUCAAAUCAAAAGCCGAUGCAGUGGAAGCACGCAGCUUUGAUAGUGCUCAACGCCCGAUACUAACAACAAGACCCAAAGCUAAAAUCUAUCCAGUUUUUGGUCGGCGACGACGACGGAGGCGUAGUAGUGGCAGCAGCAGCAGCAACGAUGCUAAAUUGAACGCUUUCGAACUUAAGCUGGAGCGUAUACAUUUGCGUGAGCAAUUGCGUACGCGGCAAAAGUUGUUUGGCAAAAUUGAGAAGCUCUAUGAAACUCGUGGACUAAAUGGCUCCGCCUGUGUAUUGCGCGCACUGUGCGAAACUGGACAGCAACAUAUAAAACAACGACAAACUGAUACAGCGGAACCUCAAAGUUUCAUCACGGAACUGCUACGCGCCAUAUUUGUGCUGCCCACAGCUGACGUCAGUAGUAGCGGCGAAUCAGUGGAGUUCGAGGAACCUGCACUACACCCCACCGACUUGCACAUUGUUGACCGACCGUAUCGGGAGGCGCAGGCACAUCGCGGCAACUGUGCACAACUUUUUGCCAUGUCAGCUGCAGCAGCUGCAACAACGGCGGCUGAGCCGGCGACAGCUGCAAGGACAACAUCCGCAUCCGCUUUUGUUGAUGAAGUGUUGCCGCAUAAUGACAGUGUUGCCACUACAACAUUGCAUGCAAAAUCCAUUGACAGCGAUGGCAGCAACAAAGCGAUGCACAAAAACAGUAACAGCAUCAACAACAACAUCGCCGAUGACUUCGAGCAGCUGCUGGCGCACAAAUUACAGGAAGAGGCGAUGGUGGCAAUGGGGCCAUCCGCUACGCCGGACCAUUUACUCUCUCGCAAACGUCGUUAUUUGAUCUUUCCGGAGGGCAGCUCUUUUCAAUUGGUUUACGACGGCAUCUAUGGCAUCGUUGAUUAUACCAACUACUUGAUUCUCGGCAUCACUGUCGCUUUGGCCUGGGAGUUACCGAGUAAACCGCAAAGUGAAGUCAUCGAAGAAAUCGCCAAUCGGCUAAAAGAUGGUAGACUUGAGGUCAGACGUAACGACACAUCAACACGAUUCACAUAUGUCGACACCAAAAAGAAUCAAACGCAAACAACAACAAAGCAGCAGCAGACAUAUCAAUCUGUGAACACCUUACGGCCCACUUACAUCGAUCUUAUGACAUUGACAAGUCCUGCUGCCGUUGCCGCAGCCGCCAAGAAGAGUGACCAAAAGUACUACUACGCGAAUACAGGCCAACUGCCGGCUACCUUCCAUGUGCCAAUGCAUCAGAAAUAUUAUUAUUAUAAGGGAAGCAAUAAAUAUGAUAACAGUAAAAGCCAUUACGGAAAGUAUCACAUGUUGCGACGUCCUAUAGACAGUUACUAUCACCGUACACAAGUGACGCCGCGACCAAUUGGUGGAUACUACAAGCAAAGGCCGAACGAUUGGCGACGUAAGGACACCAAUUACUACUAUGGGGCCAGCAAUAAAUACAGACAGACAAACAACAGCAAAAGCAACAAUAACAAGAACUACAACUUAAGCACGCUGAAAGUGAAUCCUUUCAGCAAGUCAGGCGCGACACACCAACGACGACUUCCAUCUGCUUUGCAGAGUUACACACCGCAAGCGAAAGUUGGCCGCGACGGUGUUGGCAGUCAGUAUCCUUGGUGGAAUCUGGCUACGAGACUAUCGAAUUCAUUGCGUAGAAAACCAAUUCCCUCAAGACGUAUUGACGGUAGCAGUAGUCAGGCAGCACAACGCAAACAACACCAACAGCCCGCUAGACAACUAAAGCAGCAACAGCAACAAUCCGCAUCCGGAUUUUAUCGACAGCCACCUGCCACAGCGCGGAAGCAUCGAAUUUAUCCGGUUUUCGGUAAGCGUAGCAUAGCAGAUGAGCCUCCAACGGCAGUGGCAACAGCUGCAGAAAUUCACAGCAACAACAAUAACAACACACAGCAGCAGCAAGCAAUGCCGCAUCAUCGACAACGCCGCAGCGGCAUCGUCGGCCCGGAAUUGACUCGCAUCGAACGCAUUCAUAUACGCCAUCAUCGCAGCACAAGGCAAACGCUCUACGAGAAGAUUGAAAAGUAUCUGGACAAACUUGGCAUUAAGAAAAGCCAUCAGUGCAUAUUGCGCGCCCUCUGUGAGACUGGACAAAAAUCCAAAGAACGUAGUCCUGGCACUUUUGUUGGUGAAAUAAUGCGUGCAGUUUUUACAGUGCCCGAAGCAUUAGAUGAGGACUUAUUAGAAAAUCGCAUACACUACAAAGAUCAACGCUAUGACCGUGCCAAUGGUUUUGAAGGUAGCUGCAACAAACAGUACGCACUCUGCGAGCAAUCACUGUGGGAGACGGAAUUUGUGAAAUGAGUUAAAUAAAUAGGAGCAAAAUAUAUUUACAUACAUACAUGGUUUAUUUAAUGAAAAAUAUUUAAAGAGCGAUUUUUUUUUAGCAAUUCAUAUUUAUUUGGGUCAUCACAAAUCU